AUGCCAGGCAACCUCACUGUCUCAAACAACACCGUGCUAGUUCUGGGUGCUGAGAUUAACACCGCACAAACCCGGGACACUGACUAUAACUUCCCUGCUCUGAUACUCGGAAUAUUGCUAAUUGUGGUCAUCAUUUGUGGAAAUCUGCUUGUGUGCCUUAGCGUGUACAGGGAAAAAGCUUUGAAAACUACAACCAACUACUUCAUAGUCAGUCUGGCUGUGGCUGACUUGAUGUUGGCAGUUUUGGUUUUGCCACUGUUUAUAUAUGUGGAGUUCCAGGAUGGUCUAUGGUCACUGAACAUGCACAUCUGCGAUGGCCUGAUGACCAUGGACGUGAUGUUGUGUACAGCCUCCAUAUUCAACCUCUGUGCCAUCAGCAUCGACAGGUUCAUCGCUGUCUCCAUCCCACUCAACUACAACCGUAAGCACGUGGACCAGAGACAGAUCUUCCUGCUCUCCGCCACGUGGAUCCUGGCCUUGGCGGUGGCCUCGCCCGUCAUGUUCGGCAUCCAAAACGUCCCCCAGCGGGACCCAACAGAGUGUAAGCUAGAAGAUGACAACUACGUGGUGUAUUCCUCUGUCUGCUCCUUCUUCAUCCCCUGCCCCAUCAUGCUCCUCCUCUACUGCGGGAUGUUCCGGGGCUUGAGGAGGUGGGAGGAGGCGCGCAAGGCCAAGCUGAGGAGCAGCAUCCAGGCCUGUAGGAAGUUCCAGGAGGCUGCUGCCUCCCUGCCCCCGCUGGCCUCCCUGCCUCCUCCUCUGCCCCCCGUUAUCAAGCGGGAUGAGCUGACAGACAUGAAGCGGGAGCUAAAGGAUAUUAACCUGGAGGAGCUGGACCCUUACCCCCUAGAGUCUCCAGACGGCCCCUAUAACAACUCUUCACCAGACACUCCAGACUUUCCCUAUAACUCCUCAACAACUCCAGAGUACAAGGAUGACUCUCACAAGAAGAAGAGGGCCAAGAUUAAUUGCCGAGAGAGGAAGGCCAUGAAAGUGCUUCCUGUCGUUGUGGGUGUCUUCCUGUUCUGCUGGACCCCGUUCUUCGUGGUCCACACCAUGCGGGCCCUGUGUGCCACCUGCUUCAUCCCCCCCGCCCUGAUGAGCAUUGUCACCUGGCUAGGCUACGUCAACAGCGCCCUCAACCCCAUCAUCUACACGGUCUUCAACACAGAGUUCAGGAACUACUUCAAGAAAUUCAUCCACAGCUGCUCUGAAGUCCUUGUCAAAUAUACCAAAUGGGACAAACGCAACAGAGUGGCUCUCAGUCCAGGGCAUCAGAUUAGAACCACUGUUAAUUUCCUUCCACUCUCCCUCCCUGUGCCCUGGACACAGGCUCAGCCCAGCGGUGGUUGGGCAGCCACGGUGCGGUACAGCAGCAGUAAUUUCAUGCCUGAUACGGAGAGUGACACGUGA